AUGAAUCAGUUCCAACCAAAUACAAAAAGAAUUUGCCAACCACAAAUAUAUCAUAUUUUACAAGAUAUUAGAAGCCAAACUUUGUUGAACUCAGUAAAUAAUAAGGAUUAUAGUGACCAAAACCUACAAGAGAAUUUUUCAGAAGAAAGUUAG